CGGUAGAUGCGCUUUUACGCAUGCCAUAGGGGCCUUUCGUUUUUACGCAUUGAUGCUGCCUUGGCACAGUAAAGUUUUUCCGCGUUUCUGAACACAGUGCCUGGGACCAUGACUCUCUCCGGUGAAUUUGAAACUUCCCAACACGCAGUGCUGCCUCUUGAGGGGGAUGAGGUCGACAUCGUUGGCGAGGACGAGCCUGCACAUGGACGUUUAUAUCGCAAUGAGUUCUCCGGCUCCUCGGCUGAAUCUGGAGCUGAGUUUGACUCUUCGGAGCAUGACUCCUCGGGGGAGAGCGAGAGCAGUUUCUGCACAGACGCGCCGUCCUCCAGGAAAGCCCAGAGCAGCACGGUCAAGCCUCCUUACUCUUACAUCGCCCUCAUCACGAUGGCCAUCCUGCAGAGCCCGCACAAGAAGCUGACGCUGAGUGGCAUCUGUGACUUCAUCAGCAACAAGUUUCCAUACUACAGAGACAAGUUCCCCGCCUGGCAGAACUCCAUCAGGCACAACCUCUCCCUCAACGACUGCUUCAUUAAGAUCCCGAGGGAGCCUGGGAACCCGGGCAAAGGUAACUACUGGUCUCUGGACCCUGCCUCUGAGGACAUGUUCGACAAUGGAAGCUUCCUGCGACGGAGGAAGCGCUUCAAGAGGAACCAGCCCGAGCUUGGCAAAGACGGACUUAUGUUUUACUCCAACUUGAACUGCUACCGGCCGUACGGACAACCAUAUUGCUUACAGGGUCAGGUCAGCCCCCCGCACACUGCUCCUAUCCGGUACAUGCCCCUGCAGGAGGGGUUAAUGAUGCCCCCGUCUUCCUAUCACCUUCUGCCACAAACUCUGAGCAGUCACGGGAAAAGCAGUGGGCCUAAAGACUUCCGAGUGCAGCUUUGCGCAACAGAGCCAAAGCCUGGCGCGCAGAGAAAGUGCUCCUUCAGCAUUGACAGCAUCAUGAGCAAGCCAGCUCCAAACAGUCCGCAGAACCAGAAUCCACGGCAGACCUCUCACAGCUCUCUCGGGUACCCUCAUCUAUUGUCGGGCCCUGCAGCCUGUUUGAUGCCUACCCUCCUACAAGCACCCAGGAAUCCUUUCUGCCCUCCAACCAUGCUGAGCACAACUCCUUUAGUGAACGAGCACCUCAGACUGUCUUUCCCUCACUGCUGAGGCCUCUGAAGUCAACUGUACAGUGUCUGUUUGAUGUGAAGACACGUUGGUGUAGCCCAUUUCUUAAAGAAAUGUUUCGAUUGCAUGAUAUUUAUGUGCGUUUACAUUCAAAGUUAUAUCUGAAAAGAAAUCAUUGUAAAUAAGAUGAGUGGUAAUAUAUUUGUGAAACGUACAGAGACUAUCACUGUGAAUGUCUUUUUUUUUUAAAUUCAU